CGUGGACGACGGAAAGCGACGAGAUUUGGACACGACGACGAGCGUUGAGCGAAAUUCGAUUCGCAUCCACCGUUUAGUAGUAUGCCCACAUCCGGCUCGUAAGCAUCUGCUACGUUGGGGACUGUAUCGCAUGGUUUCCUAUGAUCGCCACGAGGUCGCGCCACAUUUCUAGCCAGAAAAGUGUACAAUUUUAUUUUUGUGUGUUUAUUGCGCGAGGAUUUUGAGUUCGAAAUCGUUUCUUUUGUGUUUUGGAAAAUCCUGUCGUGAUCGCGAAGGAAUCGCAUGAAAGCAUGCAGAUAGCGCCCCGAGCGUGUUACCGAUCGUACCGUGCGUUAAAGUUCUUCUAGAUGCUAAUUGCUGAAUUAGCUGACCAUAUUUGUGCGAUAAUUUUUUUUCUCUUCACUCGAAAUAUCAAAUGCCAACCUGAAGGAGGAAAAAACGAAGUGGUAUGAUAGUACACAUUCUCAGUGGCAGAAAAUAAUAGCAACAGAAAGAAGAUAAACUAGUGCGAUGAUUCGCUGUUCGUGUGUUGGUGUUUUUGCCAUUCGCGUGCGCCUGUGUGUUGUUUUUAAGUCAUGUUACUUAAGCGCCGCGAAUGCGAAAAAUACAGUGUUUGCGUAAAGUUUUUACAGUGAGUCUUGGAGCUGUGUUUGGGUGGAAAAAUACACGCAAACCAAACCCGUCUAUGGUCGUUUUUUAUGUGUGACGUUUCCCUACCGUCCUGAAAAUAAUUACUUUCUGAAGAGCAAAAGUGCCAACCGAGUGAAUCCACAAUACCGAAAAGAAGCCCGACGACCAUCAGACAGCUUGAUGAUAAUAAAUGUGUCGAUAAGCCUUUCGAUUUCGAUUAGUAGGAAAGAAAACUUGUUUUGAAUGGAAGUUGUGAAGAAUCAAUUGUUUACGUACAGCAGUGAAGCACGUUAUCAGGUUGAAAAUCAGUGAACGGUGGAAAAGUAAACAAAAGCAAAAAGUCCCUCGUACGUCAAGGCAGAAGUAUAAAAAUCAUUGAAGAAAUUAUAACAAGUGUGUUUUUGCCCUCCUGGGGUUGCGCCGGCGAGUUUGUGGCAAGGAAGUGUGCGUAUUUGCUGAAGAGACAACGUGAAGGUAGCAUACCAAAAUAUUUUGCGACUAGAAUAUUAGCACAAGUGGAUUGUGAGUAAACAUAUAAGUGGACGAUACACGUUCCAACCGUUCUACGUGAGAGAAUACACACAUCUGAUAGCAAGAAGAACACCGUCAACCAGAUCGUGCAAAAGAUCGUAAACAAAGCCAGUCUCUGGUACCCUGGUACGGUAGAUCAGGCUCAUCGUACGGAGAUGGAUUCGUUCGGAUCGCCCUGGCCGGCUUCGCCACGAGGUGGCCUUGAAGGUCUGUCUAACGAUGGCGUUCCAAUGGAUGCCCUCGCCGAGCUACAAGACGGUGCGUUCGAGCCGCAGACACGUGCCCGUUCCAAUACCUGGCCCCUGCCACGACCGGAGAACUUUGUCGAACCGGAAGCAGAAUCCGAAAGCAAUAAGUGUAGUAAUCAGCAGUUGGCAAGUGCAGGUGUCAGUGCAAACCAACCGCAAUCAGCGUCAUCCGCCACCAAGAAAAACUCAUCGCGUCGCAACGCUUGGGGUAACCUGUCGUACGCUGAUUUAAUUACACAAGCAAUUAGUUCAGCAGGUGAUAACCGACUAACGCUCAGCCAGAUCUAUGAAUGGAUGGUGCAGAAUGUGCCAUAUUUUAAAGAUAAGGGUGACUCCAACAGCAGCGCAGGAUGGAAGAAUUCAAUCAGGCACAAUCUAUCACUGCACAACCGCUUCAUGCGAGUGCAAAACGAAGGAACCGGCAAAUCGUCCUGGUGGAUGCUGAAUCCGGAUGCGAAACCCGGAAAAUCGGUUCGUCGGAGGGCCGCCUCGAUGGAGACCUCCAAGUACGAGAAGCGAAGGGGUCGAGUGAGGAAGCGGGUCGAAGCGAUACGACAACAGGCGGCCUUGGGACUAGCAACAACCAGUCUAAAUGAUGCCACUCCGUCACCUAGCAGUAGUGUUAGCGAAAACCUAGAUUCAUUUCCUGAGAGUCCGUUGCAUAGUGGUAACUUUCAACUGUCCCCCGACUUUCGGCAACGUGCAUCAUCGAAUGCGAGUUCUUGCGGUCGGUUGAGCCCUAUUCAGUCGAUAGUAGGCAUCGAAAACACGUGGACCUAUCCACCGGAUCUAGCAGAGCUGGCCGACAAUCCCGACGGAGGUCAAACGGUAGAAACGGAACUCAACGCACAAGGACAGGCUCAACUAGAUCAACUGGCUGGAUCGCUUGCAGAUGACCUUACCCUGCAUCAGACUGAUUUUUUCAAAGGGUUCAGCCAAACCACGAGUAUGCAUAACCAACCUCCACCACCAUAUCAGCCACCGCAGCCGUACUCCCUGCAUGCGACGGUAGCGCAACCUUUCGGUUUCCCGCAGCAGCAGAACCAGUGUCCCAUCCAUCGCCUGCAACAGUGCACCUGUAUGCUACAAAACAACACCCGUGAGAGCAUGUCCCCCGCAUCUGGAACCGGAAUGUCGCCGUCAUAUCCGCACAGUGAACCAUCGCCGGACUACGCCAUGCUGGUGGGGGCGCGUGUGAUACAGCGAACACCUUCUGCCAGUCCUCCGCUGACACCCAGUACCGUUUGCAAUAUGGUGACAACGACACCCCAAAGUGAUAAUACGCCACAGACGUUGAUGGGCCAGUUUAUGGAGGCGUUAAACAACCAAACCAACAUAGACGAUAUUAAUAUCAACCUGGAAUCUUUUCCUGGUGGACUAGAGUGCAAUGUCGACGAAGUGAUAAAACACGAGCUUAGUAUGGAAGGAUCUCUGGAUUUCAAUUUCCCAAUGUCAAACCACAGCACCUACACGCCAACGAAUAGUUCCAACUCGCAGGACUCGACAAUCAGUGCAAUAGCCGCAACGCCAAACCAGGCAACGGCACCGCAUAGCCACGGCCAGUACACGGCAAGAACAAGCGUCACACCACCGUCCUGGGUUCACUGAGGGUGGCUGUGAAUUGGAGCGUACUUGAUGGAUACCUCUACGUAAAACAUAGGGUUACAACAACAUGAGGAAGUACGCUUCAAUUAUCUACACCUGAAGUCACACAUAUAAAAGAAAAUCCUAGUGUAGUUCUCUGGUGCACCAAGAAUCAUCACACCUAUUGAUGCACGGAAGUUCAUCGAUUUUGGCAUAAAUGGAUACUUACAACCCAGGACGAUAUCACAAUAUAUACCACAGUGCAAAAGGACGUCAUCUUCACUCUCGUACAUGGUCAUAAACAUAUUAAUGGGCAAUAGUUUUCAUCGAUCUAAACAUAAAAGUAAUAUUGCAUGCAAGCAUUAUGUUUUAGCAUAAAUAACGAUCACCUGACAGCAAAUUUUACAGUAAGGACUCAUUGAUAAGACAGAAGAAAAACUAGUAAGCAAAGCUGUUACAUUUAAGUUUAAAUCGAGCCGAGCAGGUCUGUACAGUAAAUGUUAAGUUUAUUACUAUUAUCUUCAAUAGUUUUGUUUGACGAUCAAGCCUAACCGAUACAAUAAUAAUCAGUUUGUUAUUUUUUGUUGUUAGGAGAAAAAUUAAACUGUAAGCAUAGAAUUAAUAGCAACAGCAAAAAGGUAGUGAUAUUAUGGCUAAUGCUCGGUAAAAAUUGGUGCUUAUUUCUUCCAUCAUACAUACCACCAGCAUCAACCCGAACACCGUAUGCAACAGGUGGUCAACUAACUUUGGUACAGCCUUCUCUCCGGCACUCAGUAGGCGGCGGAAAUUCAUGCUGGCACUAGCAACUGCACAAACCCGAUUUUCACCGCCUACUUUUCCGGCAAAGGAGUCCAUGUGCCAGCAUGCUAUAAGCUUUUUUGCUCAAUUUAGUACGCCAUCUGUAAAACGUGCGUAAAGUUUUCGUAUAGUUUCCAGGGAAAAGCACAAUUUGCAACUUGAGUAAGGAUUAUCUAACUGAAAUAUUUAGUUUGGGGUUCUGCUUUACGUUCUAGGAUAACCAGUGCCAUUUAAAGAAUCUUGUAUGAAUUUCAUUGUAUGCUAUAACUUUUUUUUCAGGCAGUAAUAUUGACCUUUUAACUAGGUCCACACGCAAAUCAAACUAAUCGGCAAGCGUUUGCAGCAAUUUGUUGUAAAUAGGUAAUAUAUCAUAAACAAUUGUAAAUAUAGUUACCAAAAUGGAACAAGGUAAGCAAACUUCUCUUUUUAGCAAAGGAGACAGUUGAACAAUAGAGUUGUUAUAGAAGAUCGUUUUUUGAAAGCGUCACUAGAGGGUUCUUCGAUUUUGCAAGAAUGAAAUUACUAGGUUAAACCUUUAAGGCGAAAACAUUGUUUUAAUCACAUUUUGUACAUACAACUAAAAUAAAUGAAUAAAUUAAAGUAACAUGUAACACUAAGCUAUCUAAUCAGUAGAGAACGAAUGGUUAGUAGAGAAAAAUCAAGAAUAAAUUAUAUAUUGGAACUAGCAGCUUGCUAUCUUUGAUACAAAACACACAUUUAAAGAGAAAUAAGCGAAUGACAACUAAUUGAAAAUGAUAAAUUGAACGUAGAAGAAACGCAAACAAAUAACCUUAAUCAAUAUUGUCGAAAUUAGUAGAAUAAAUUGAUCUUCAAUGACCAAUGAAUAUCGUGAAAAAGAAUGUGUUCGUUAAAUUAAUUUUAUUUCCAUGUUCAACUACAUUUUUGUAUUCCUUUUCCGAGAUUUAUUUCUGUUUUCUUAAAAAAAGGAAUCCAACAACAGGAAAGUAAUGAACAAAGCAAAUUGUUAAAACACAUUGAAAACCCACGACCGACCGAAAGAUGUUAUUGAUUACAUGAAUGCAAGUAAUUUGUGGUGAAAUCGUUGCUUCGUACAAAUUAAUUUAAACUGCUGAAAUCUGACAGUGUGAAGAAUGCGCAUAAUAUUGAUUUUGGGUUGUUGAAUAAAAUUGGAUCAAUUAC